AUGUCUUCUGCUGUUCUACAAAUAAACUUGAACCACGCGCGCCGUGCGCAGGACAUAUUGAUACAGCGUAUGCGCGAGAACAGUGUGGAGAUAGCUGUCAUUGCGGAGCCAUGGUGGGUCCCUUCGGGGGAUGAGAGGUGGUUCUCAUCCCUAGGAGGGACUUCACUUUCCGCAGUGCUUGUGGGCGAGAAUGGAAGACCCUGCAGCCUGGUGUGUCGGGGUCUUUUUUACGUAGCAGUCAAAUGGGGGGACUCGCUGGUAGUUUCAGUCUACUUUCCUCCCAGCGAGAACAUUAACAUGUUCAGUAGGCUCCUUGACGAGCUCGAGGAGCACUUAGAAACUUUCCCCACUCUCCCAGCGCUGGUGGCUGGCGAUUUUAAUGCCCGGUUCAGCAGAUGGGACCCGAAAGGCAGGAGUAACUGCAGAGGUGAGUUGCUCUAUGCAUGGGCCAACAGAGUGAACCUGGGUCUGUUGAGCCGGGUUGGCUGUCCCACGUGCGUUCGUCCGCAGGGUUCGAGCGUUGUAGAUCUAACGUGGGGCACGCCAGCGGCCGGCGUCCGCCUCUCGGACUGGAGGGUGGAUCAGGUUGAGUCCCUGUCAGACCACCUGUAUAUUAGUUAUAGUUACAGGCACGGGGCUGCAGGGGACCGAAUUUCUCGCCCACAAGGGAGAAAGCUCCCUCGUUGGAAGACUAACUCCAUGAAGGAGGACUACCUGGAUGCGGCCCUUAUCUCAGGGGAGUGGACAGGUGGAAACUUGUGCGGGGAAUGUGCGGCCGGCAUAGACUGUGUGGACAAGCUAGUGAAGUGGGCACAGUCUACGCUGAAGCAGGCAUGUGACAUGGCCAUGUCCCGGGUGAGGGGACAGAUCCGCGGUAGUAAAAGUACUUACUGGUGGUCGGACGAAUUAACGAAACUUAGGGCCGUUGCGACGGCCACAGUAAGGAAACUUUCCAGAGCCAGGAAGAAAAAGAAGAACAGUGAGGAAAUAGUGCGGUGCUUGGACGCUCGAAACGACGCUAGGAGGGCAUUGGCUAGGGCUAUUAAGGAAGCCAAGAAGAACUCAUGGAGGGACCUGCUGGACUCCAUAGAAGAGGAUCCAUGGGGCAGACCCUAG